CUUCCCUUCUUCUGGCCCCCUGGUGCUCCGUCCUGGGGUGGCUGAGGACAUGGUGGUCCUGCGGGCUGGGCUCUGCCCAGGUCUCACUGAAGAGAUGAUCCAGCUCCUCAGGGCAGGUGGCAUCAGGACAGUGGUGGACUUUGUGUCAUCAGACCUGGAGGAUGUUGCCCAGAAGUGUUCCUUGUCUUACAAGGCACUGGUUGCAGUGAGACGUGUGCUCCUGGCCCAGUUCUCUGCCUUCCCUGCCAACGGAGCAGACCUCUAUGAGGAGCUCAAGAGCUCCACAGCCAUCCUGCCCACUGGGAGCACAAGCCUGGACCAGCUGCUGGACUCUGGGCUGUACACAGGGGAAGUGACAGAGCUCAUGGGAGCGCCGGGCAGCGGGAAGACGCAGGUGUGUCUGGGCAUUGCAGCCAGCGUGUCCCUGGGCCUCAAGCAGCACCUCCUGUUUCUGGACUCCACAGGGGGCUUCACCGCCUCCCGCCUCUGCCAGAUGCUUCAAGCCCGGGCAGAGGACAAGGAAGAGCAGCUGGAGGCUCUGCAGCGGGUCCAGGUUGUUCGUGUGUUUGACAUCUAUGAAAUGCUGAGAGCCUUGCAGGAGCUGCGGGAUCGUCUCUCCCAGCAGGUGGUGAGCUCCGUGGGCGCUCUCAGGCUGGUGGUGAUCGACUCGGUCUCGGCGGUGAUUUACCCCCUGCUGGGCGGCCGGCACUCGGAGGGUUUGGCCAUCAUGAUGCAGUUAGCCAGGGAGCUGAAGACACUGGCCAGGGAGUUCAGCCUUGCCAUUGUGGUGACUAACCAGGUGACAAGGGACAGCAGCAGCAAUGGUCCACUGAAGCCAGCCCUUGGCCGCUCCUGGAGCUUCGUGCCCAGCACCAGGGUGCUGCUGGAGAGCAAAGAAGGCACCGGGCAGGGAGCCACCGCGCUGCGCAUCGCCGCCCUGGCAAAGUCCCCCCGGCAGCCAACUGGCAUACAGGUGGAGCUGGAUAUUGGAGAUGGUGAUGUGCAGGAGCUGAGCCCAGCAACACCCACACAGGGGCCCUGAUGAAGGUGAAAAAGUAAAUACCAAGGUCCAGGAGAGCUGCAAAACGGCAGGCAAGCACACUGAAGGCUUUACAGACUGCAGCCCUGGGAAGGACCAACAUGAAGGAGCUCUUGUUCUUCUGUGCUGGGGAGAAAAUAAGCAUGGGGUUCCCUGGAGGUCUCCUUGCCUCAGCAGAUGCAGCCCGUGGUGGCUGGGCUGUGUGGGCAGCAUGGCAGCCAGGUCCUCUCCUCUGCUGCAGGCUUGUCUUCAACCAGCAGAGCCAGCCCUGUCCUAAGGUGUUGGCUUGAGUCCAGCUGGCACAUCCCUGCAGAGGCCUUGCUGGGUUUGUUCCCCCCAGGACUCUGCUCUGGUCCCAGGGCUCUGAUCCUCCCUGGGCAGCCCACAGUGGCCUCAGGUCAGAAGCUGCACACAGCUGUAGGUGAUGAGAGCUGGAAUUCAAUUAGUGGCAACUGCUGUUAAUUAAACUGAUGAGCUUUAGUCCUUAGCAGCACCGGGGUGAGCAGGCUCCUGAUGAGCAGGGACACAAUUGGAUGCCUGAUCUGACCUCCCCAGAACAACACCAGGGCUCUACAGCUGUGAAGUACUGCUGUUAACUGCUGGGGGUUAUGAUCUGGAUCCUCGGGGGUGGCUGAGUCCUGAUGGACACCAGCUGGCCCUGUCUGCUGCUCAAUGGCAUGUGAUGAUGCUUGAAUAAUCUCUCCUUGCUCCAGUGCUUUCCAGCUGCUCUCAUCUGAGCUGGGCAACCUCCUGAGGGCUUGGGCAGUGCUGGGGAGGAGAUGGGAGGCUGCGAUGGAGCACUGCCUCUUCUCUCCAUCCCAGAUGUCUCAGACAACCUCAUCCUCUGCUUAGUAAGAAGCUUCCUCUUCGGGUGAGCUGAGCCAUGGCUUGCUUGGAAGGCUGCUGAUGUGGGGUCUGAGGCUCAUCAGGGCAUGCUCAUUAAACUGCUAACACACCAGGAAGCUCCUGGAGUCUGAUUUAGCCUGACUUUGGGUGCUGAGUUCUCCAGAGCAGGUGUGACACCAAACAGCCCUGUGCUCCUGAGGGAAGGGGCAGCUAAAGGGACACCUAAAGGGCUCUCAAGAGGCAAGGCCAGGUCUCAGCACAGGUUUUGGUUUUGCAUGUCCAUAGCAGUUGUGCUUCCUGCCAAGCCAUGCUCUCGGUGCUCCCAGGGCUGUAGUGCAGGGGGUCAGGUCCCACUUCCUCCACUGUGGCCACCCAGCCCCGUGGCUGUGAGGAGGGCAGGGCUUGCCUAAGGAGGACAGCAUGUGAAAGGGACAGGAGGUGUGCCAUUAAAUGAUUUCCAGUAGCAAUAAAUGUAUUUUACAGAUUGUGGAUUU